AUGGAAUGGAAUACUGUUCAGGCAUUGGAUAAUCAAGAUAUCGAUACAAGCGAUUUGAAACGAAAUCCACGUGUUGUGGGCGGACAUCGCAGUGAAGUGACAAAUCAUCCGUAUAUGGUGAAUAUCAGGCGUAAAGGGAAUUUCGAAUGUGGCGGCUCGUUGAUAACGCCAUAUUGUGUCCUAACCGCUGCCCAUUGCCUAAAACAAGGAGAUCCUAGUGAUUUUGUGGUACGCGGUGGCGUUAGCUAUCUGAAUGAUAUGCGGAAUCCGCGAUUGGUGCGUCGAAUUCUAUUGCCCAGCACAUACAAUCGAUCAUCUCUGGAUGACGAUGUGGCUUUGCUGCAAUUACAACAGCCUCUAUUAUCACCCAUUGCGAAACCCAUACGUUUGGCCUUGCGAUCACCGCGUCCGGGCACAAUUCUCCGUGUCUCUGGCUGGGGUCUGACCGAUGAGAGGUCAAAAGUACUGCCCAAUCAAUUGCAUACGGUGCAAGUGCGUGUGAUGGCGCAUAGCCAAUGUAGGGAUCUAUAUUAUGGCUAUCGAAAUAUUACAGCUAGCAUGUAUUGUGCCUCUGUGCCGGGCUAUAAGGAUGCAUGUGCGGCCGAUUCUGGCGGCCCGGCAGUUAAUCCCAGUGGCCAAUUGGCUGGCAUUGUUUCAUGGGGCAAGGCCAAUCAGUGUGCUAGAGAGCAAAGUCCGGGUGUCUAUACCGACAUCGUUUAUAUGUACGAUUGGAUUAGGGAUAAUAUGCAAAUAUAUUGCUAG